AUGAGCAUCAGUGGUGUUGGCGGGGAAUUCAUCGAUCGCUCGCAAUUCAAAUCACGUCUACAGAUACAUCUUCCCGACUUGGACAGCCCCGUUGAUUUUGAAGUAUACUGCAUAAAACGCCUCGGUCUGAGUACGCCAACUACUCGGAUCCCUCAGAAUGUUGGAGAGCUUUGGCGUCCCUUGCAAUUGGCAGAUGAACAUUUCGAUACACCAAGCCCUGUGGAUAUACUUAUUGGGGCAAACCUUCUCCCGACCUUAAUGCGGUCCGGGGUCCUGCGGAAAGACAUGACAAUGGCACAAAACACCGCAGUGGGAUGGAUCAUUUCGGGCUGCAUCGCUCAGCCGACGACGUCGACCACUACUCGACUCUGCCUUACACAAACUGGUGUCGAACCUCAUUGGUAUCAACAACUAUUUCAACUUAUUCAGCGAUUUUGGGAAAUUGAGAACGUGCCCCAUGUCGUGAGACAGUCGCCAGAUGACAAGAUUUGUGAAACUAUCUUCAGUCAGCAUCAGCGUGACGCUCAAGGGCGUUACAUUGUACCACUGCCUGUUCGGACAAACCUCCUUCAUCUGCUCGGCGAAAGCUUACUCGGUGCUCUGGCUUCACUGGCUGCGCUUCUCCGACGAAUGAAAAGAGAUCCAGCACUGGCUCGAGCCUGCUUAAAUUUUAUGAACGAGUAUUUAAGAUGUGGCCACAUGAGAGAGCUACCUGAAGAAGAAAUACAUCAAACUGACUCACCGAUAUACUACAUACCUUUUCAUGGGAUUUGGCAGAGAGGAGAUCUCGUGCAGAAGCUGCGCGUAGUAUUCAAUGCAUCACGGUCUACGUCUAGUGGGUACAGUUUGAAUGACGUUCUGUACACCGGCCCUAAACUCCAGACCACCUUGUGGCUCGUGUUGGUUAUAUGGCGUAUUUAUCAAAUCGCCUUCAGUACUGACGCUCAAAUGAUGUACCGUCAAAUACGCAUAGCAGAGGAGCACCUAAACUUACAACGAAUUGUUUGGGGCCCUCACGAGGAUUUACCUGCCAAGCAUUAUCAGCUCCUCUCCAUCACUUAUGGCACGUCAUGCGCGCCCUACCUCGCUCUUAGGGUGAUGAAACAAUUAUGUGACGACGAAAAGGAGGGUCGUGAGGCUGCAGCGAGAGCUUUACUCCACGAGAGGUACAUCGACGACAUUUUCUCUGGUGCCGAUAAUAUUCCCGAUGCCCUGCGAUUGCGAGACCAAAUGAUCCAACUCGCCCAAGCAGGAGGCUUUCCCCUUCGCAAGUGGGUUGCCAACACUCCCGAGCUCCAACAAGAUCUGCCUCCGGAAAUGUGUUUGCGUCCAUCAUGGGUUCGUAUCGGUGAAGACGGACCUGUCAAUGAGCUGGGAAUUCACUGGGAUCCUCAGGCUGACAACUUUCGUUUGGCUCCACCACAACUCGCGCCUGUGCAACGCACAAAGCGCGAGAUACUUGCCGCUGUCGCAAGCAUCUUUGAUCCAUGUGGAUGGCUUGCACCCGUCACUUUGUUGGCCAAAAUGUUGAUGUAG